AUGACAGGAGGGAGGAACAAUACAGCCAUCACCAAGUUCAUUCUUGUGGGAUUCUCAGAUUUUCCCAAGGUCAAGCUGGUUCUCUUUGUUGUCUUCCUAGGAAUUUAUCUCUUCACAGUGGUGUGGAACCUGGGCCUCAUCGUCUUGAUUAGGAUUGACCCUUACCUACACACACCUAUGUACUUCUUCCUCAGCAACUUGUCAUUUUUGGAUUUCUGGUACAUUUCCUCCACAACCCCUAAAAUGCUCUCAGGAUUCUUCAGGAAGCACAAAUCCAUCUCCUUUAUGGGGUGCACCAUGCAGUACUUCUUCUUCUCAAGCCUGGGUCUGGCAGAGUGCUGUCUUCUGGCAGCCAUGGCUUAUGACCGCUAUGCUGCCAUUUGUAAUCCUCUGCUCUACACAGCCAUCAUGUCCCCUUCCCUCUGUGUGCAGAUGGUGGUGGGAGCCUAUAUCACUGGUCUCUUUGGUUCAUUGAUACAACUGUAUGCUAUACUUCAGCUCCAUUUCUGUGGGCCAAAUGUUAUAAACCACUUCUUUUGUGACCUGCCUCAGUUAUUAGUCCUGUCAUGCUCUGAAACCUUUCCCCUGCAAGUUCUGAAGUUUGUGAUAGCAGUGAUUUUUGGGGUGGCAUCUGUCUUAGUCAUCCUGAUAUCCUACAGUUAUAUUGUUGGCACCAUCAUGAAGAUAAGCUCAGUAGACGGUAGGGUCAAGGCUUUCAAUACUUGUGCCUCUCACCUGACAGCAGUCACCCUCUUUUUUGGAUCAGGACUCUUUGUCUACAUGCGACCCAGCUCUGACAGUUCUCAGGGUUAUGACAAGAUGGCAUCAAUCUUCUAUACAGUUGUGAUCCCCAUGUUGAAUCCUUUGAUUUACAGUCUCAGGAACAAGGACAUCCAAGAUGCUCUUAAGCGAUAUAAGAAGAGGUGCCUUUCCCGUUGCCACUGUUAA